UAGCAUCAAACACAAUUUAAUCCUAAAAUUAAAUUCGACCUUGGAAUCAAGAAUUGUCAUCAACACCAAUCAUAUCAUGAGUAGCUCUGGCUCUCCUUGUGGCGCUUGUAAGUUUCUUAGGAGGAAAUGUGCAAAUGGAUGUGUGUUUGCUCCAUACUUUUGUCAUGAACAAGGAUCUUCACACUUUGCAGCCAUUCACAAGGUCUUUGGAGCUAGCAAUGCUUCUAAAAUUCUCUCGAAUCUUCCCAUUAGUGAUCGUUGUGAAGCCGCCAUUACAAUCUCGUAUGAAGCUCAAGCUAGGCUUCAAGAUCCCAUCUAUGGCUGCGUCUCUCAUAUCUUUGCUCUCCAACAACAGGUUGUGAAUCUACAAGCACAGCUUGAGAUUCUAAAGCAACAAGCUGCACAAAGCAUAAUGUUUGCUGAUUCACCAUCAUCAGAAAACCCUAAUAGUUAUUAUGGAGACAAUACUACGACUCCUUAUCAUCAUCAAGAACAUCAAAAUAUUCACCAUCAUCAUCAUGAUCAGACCCAUUUGGUUAACCAAACCGGAAGUUCAGGGAUGGUUCAGCGCGGAGAUGCGAUAGCGAACAGUUACCCCACCGAAAACUCGUCAGGCUUUGGACAAUUCUCAAUCUACCCUGACUUGGAACAACACUUGAACCCUUUCAAUCAAGAUCAUCUCAAAGUGCUUCAAUCGGUAAAUUUGGGUUACAUCUCCUUCUCAUGAUGGUGCGUUCUAUCAAGACAUGGGUUGAUUCCUAUCAACAUCCCAUCUAUAUAGAAUAUAUAUAUAUAUAGCUUUUAUAUAUGUCUCAAGAGUUUUUGAUGGUUUUAGUCUCGAUUGUUGAUGUUGCCUAGCUCUCAAAGAACUGGCUUUGUA